CAUCCUACCCUGUGCCGCAGCCGCAUCGCCACCGCAGCCCGGCAGAGCCGAGCCCGGCCCAGGCCCCUGCCCCUGCCCCUGUCCGGCCCUCGGCCAGCAACCCCCGGCCCCGCCCCCGCCCCGGCCCGCAGGCCCCCCGCAGCGGCCGCGGCGCCCCCCGGCGCCCCCAGACCCCGGCCUCCGGCACCGAGGCGGGAGACCGGGAGCAGCAACAGAGGCAGGAGGACGAGGAGGAGGAGGAGGAGCCGUCGCAGGAUGAAGGAUCGGACUCAGGAGCUGCGGAGUGCAAAAGACAGUGAUGAUGAAGAGGAGGUGGUCCACGUGGAUCGGGACCACUUCAUGGAUGAGUUCUUUGAACAGGUGGAAGAGAUCCGGGGCUGCAUUGAGAAACUGUCGGAGGAUGUGGAGCAGGUGAAAAAACAGCAUAGCGCCAUCCUGGCUGCCCCCAACCCAGAUGAGAAGACCAAACAGGAGCUGGAGGACCUCACUGCAGACAUCAAGAAGACGGCCAACAAGGUUCGGUCCAAAUUGAAAGCGAUCGAGCAAAGCAUUGAACAGGAGGAGGGGCUCAACCGUUCCUCCGCGGACCUGCGCAUCCGCAAGACCCAGCACUCCACACUGUCCCGGAAGUUCGUGGAGGUAAUGACCGAAUAUAACGCGACCCAGUCCAAGUACCGGGACCGCUGCAAGGACCGGAUCCAGCGGCAACUGGAGAUCACUGGAAGGACCACCACCAACGAAGAACUGGAAGACAUGCUGGAGAGCGGGAAGCUGGCUAUCUUCACAGAUGACAUCAAAAUGGACUCACAGAUGACGAAGCAGGCGCUGAAUGAGAUCGAGACAAGGCACAAUGAGAUCAUCAAGCUGGAGACCAGCAUCCGUGAGCUGCACGACAUGUUUGUGGACAUGGCCAUGCUUGUAGAGAGCCAGGGAGAGAUGAUUGACCGCAUCGAGUACAACGUGGAACAUUCUGUAGACUACGUGGAGCGAGCUGUGUCUGACACCAAGAAAGCAGUGAAAUAUCAGAGCAAGGCCCGGAGGAAGAAAAUCAUGAUCAUCAUUUGCUGUGUGGUGCUGGGGGUGGUCUUGGCGUCAUCCAUUGGGGGGACGCUGGGCUUGUAGGCCCCCCACCCUUCUCUCUCCCAGACCCCUCCCCCACCACAUCGGGAGCAAUACCCCCACCACCCCUUUCACUCCUUCCCCUGCUCCAGGCUCACCCUCAAAACAGACCCAGGCAGCCCCACCCCUCCUCCACUCCCAUGGCAGACCCUGGUGUCCCUGGACCUUACCCGGCCAUGGACCCCCCCCCCGCCCCCGCACGUAGAUCGCAGCAGGCGUGAUUACACAUGCACACCAACAUGCAUGCCGCCGGCACAUGCUCAAGACGUGUGGACACCCCAGCGUGUGUGUGCGUGUGAUGUGUGUGAUGCACCAGAGCACCCCCCUGCCCCCGCCUCGGGUAUGUGUGCGUGGUCUGAGCUUCCCCCUUCACCGAGGCUGUUGUGUAGACUGCAGCCGAGUGUAACACAGCUGCCCACCACGCCCCUCUCUGUCCUCUGUGAAUGGUGUGUGUGUGUGAGUGAGACCACAGAUCUGUGGACACGCCAUUUGUGUACGUGGAAUUUUGUGUUUGAGUGUUUGAACCUAAUGCAACAGCAACGAAGCCACUGA